AUGUAUAUUUUGACAAUUUUUAGCAAAGUUAAAUUUGUAAAUUGCCUGUGUGACAUUGCAGUAGCAUGCACAUAUCAGAUCAAUCGUGCACAAUGCACAUAUCAGAUCAAUCGUGCACAAUGCACAUAUCAGAUCAAUCGUGCACAAUGCACAUAUCAGAUCAAUCGUGCACAAUGCACAUAUCAGAUCAAUCGUGCACAAUGCACAUAUCAGAUCAAUCGUGCACAAUGCACAUAUCAGAUCAAUCGUGCACAAUGCGCAUAUCAGAUCAAUCGUGCACAAUGCACAUAUCGCAUUUCUGAUGUAGCAGUUAUUACGCAAACAAUGAAAUUACUACAUAAUAAGUUAACAAAUGUAGGAAUUCGUUUGAGUGAUAAAAAAUUUUACAAACUUCUUUACAAGAAAAAAGCAAAAAGAGUGAUGGAGUGA